AUGGUUUCAAAUGGUGAAACGGCUCAGAGGAUGUUCUCGAAGAGAUUAAUUGGCAAAGUUGCUGUUAUAACUGGUGGUGCAAGAGGAAUAGGGGCUGCCACGUCGAAAUUGUUGGCCGAAAAUGGAGCUUAUGUCAUAAUAGCUGACAUACUGGAUGAAUUAGGGGCAAAACUAGCCGAUCUAAUUGGAGGCCGAUACGUACACUGUGAUGUCUCGAAAGAAUACGAUGUUGAACAUGCAAUUCAAUUUGCGUUAAAAUGGAAAGGACGAAUAGACAUCAUGUUCAACAACGCUGGCGUAGCAGGACCAGAAGGGAGCAUAACGAACCUCAACAUGGAUGAUCUGAGGGCGUUGAUAGAUAUAAAUUUGAACGGAGUAGUACACGGAAUCAAACAUGCUGCUCGUGCAAUGAUCGAGGCUAAAACAGGCGGGGAGGUUGACGAGGGCCAGAUAGUUCAUGGGUUUGUGGAAAAGAUUGGGAUUAAGAAGGACGUGAUUGUCUGCAAUGGGUUGCUUUCAAUGUAUUUUAAAGUUGAUAGGCUAACAGAGUGUUGGAGGAUUUUUUAUGAGAUGGUUGUUAAAGACACUGUUACUUGGAAUACCAUGAUUUGUGGGUAUUCCGAGUCUGGUUUGUACAGAGAGUCUAUCAGAGUCAUUGAAUGCAUAGAAUUCUCUACACCACAGGCACCUAUUGGAUGA